CCGACCCGCCAAAAUCAAACCCGAACCCGACCUACGUCGGGUCGGGUUUCACUAUACUCAAACCCGACCGAACCCGACCCGUUGCCAUCCCUAGGAGCGGGUCAUUGAGUAUAGGGCGUGAAAAGGGGUGUACAUUUUUGAGAACCAGUUUGGUUUCAUGCCUGACAGAUCGACUACAGAGGCCAUUCACUUCGUGCGGAGGUUAAUGGAAGAAUACUGCAGGGCUAGGAAGAAGGACCUUCGUAUGGUGUUUAUUGAUCUUGAGAAGGCGUACGAUAGGGUGCCAAGGGAGGUGUUAUGGAGGUGCCUUGAGUCGAGAAGAGUUCCCAUGGUGUACACUCGCGCGAUCAAGGAUAUGUACGGUGGGGCUAAGACUAGGGUAAGGACCUCUGGGGGCAACUCUGAGUCAUUCUCGGUAGGGAUGGAGUUGCACCAAGGGUCUGCCCUUAGCCCUUUUUUGUUCGCCUUGGUGAUGGACGUCCUGACACAAGGUGUUCAAGAAGGUGUCCCAUGGUGCAUGUUUUUUGCGGAUGAUAUUGUGCUUAUCGACGACAUGCGUGAGGGACUAAAUGAUAAGUUGGAACUAUGGUGCCUUGCCCUUGAGACGAAAGGAUUUAGAAUAAGUAGAAACAAGACUGAAUACAUGGAAACGGAAUCAUAAGUGGAAGUUAGGAUUGACUCUCACCUAGUGCCUAAGUUGGAGCCGGGGGUCUCUUGGAAACAUCCUCCCUAUAUUCGAGUAGCGAAAAGAAAUGUGGAAUCUAUGAAAAUUGUGUUUCAUGAUGUUGAGAGAUUGGAAGUUACUUUCAAAUUACUGUGAUUAUUGCAAAAUUAAAGAUGAAUUAGACGCCAUAGAACGAUGUUGGAAUUGCAAAAAAUGGAAUCAUUUGGG